CAAAUUCUCAAACCUUUCAUCACUGAUCCCCUGUGAGAAUAAACAGGUUUAAAUUUCAACCAACUGUUAAAAACGACUACCUGUUACUGGCGUCACUUUUAAACGAGUUUCUCUUAUUUAAUAUAGUUAAUGUUUUGUUCAUUAAAACUAUGGGUGAAAAUGAUUACGGAAUUCUUCGGCAGAAAAACAUAUCCGAAAGAACAGCUUUUUUUGCAGAUUUUUUCAAAGAUUUAAAGGAAGAAACAGACAAAAUUAAGAAGGUACAAAAGAAACAAUGGAGUGGAAGUGAUUCUGAGAACCAACAGCCCAAAAAACGACGUCGAAAGAUUACAGGGGACUCUGAAAAUUUCCAACGUACAAAUAUACAAUUUCGUCGAACAUACAAUACUAGAAGUAAGGAUAAAGCAUCUAACAUCAAUAGAUUCAGUGAUUCUGAUAAUGAGACUGAGGAAAACGAAUCUCCAAAGUAUAAAUCUGGACUGAAGGUUUUAUUUCCUUGGGCAAAACCAUUUCAACGCUCUAUUGAUUUAAUGAAAGUAGUAUGUGAUGUAGAUGAAGAAGACAAUGAGGAAUAUAGCAAUGAUUAUUUCGACGACAACUCACAAAAGAGAAUUGGACGCAGAAUUCAUAAAUCAGAAUACGAUCCUGAUAAUGUACCAUCUGUGGAUGAGAUUACAGAAAGUAUGUUAAAAAAUGUAGCAAAAAGAAGUUCCAAGAAAAUAUAUUGUAAAGUUAGUGGUACAUCUUGCCACCAAUGUAGACAGAAAACUCUAGAUACAAAAACAGUUUGCCGAUCAGGAGAAUGCAUAGGUGUUAGAGGACAGUUUUGUGGACCGUGCUUAAGAGGAAGAUAUGGUGAAAGUGCUGUAGAAGCACUAAAAGAUCCGGAUUGGGCUUGUCCACCAUGUAGAGGUUUAUGCAACUGUAGUAUAUGUCGAAAUAGAAAUGGGCUUCGUCCUACAGGAUGUUUAGCCCCAAUGGUGCAGAAUGAAGGAUAUGCAUCUGUUAAAGAUUACCUACAAGCAGCAGAGUUACAAGAUAUAGAGUAAUUUAAUAUUAUUGUAUUAUUCUAAUUUAUUAUAUAAAUAUAAACACAUCAAUCAUUACAGUAUUACGAGAAAUAUAAUCGCGAAUAAAUAAUAGUUUUAAUUUUAAAUUUAAGGCUCCUUGGGAGUCGCAUUAUCCAUUUCUUUUUAAUGACGUCAGAAGCGAGAAAACACUAUAAAUUCUUGCAAAAUACAUCGAGAUAAACAGAUAUAUUCACAAAACGACAUUUGCGAUCGAUUAAAUACACCUCUAAAAUACUUUGUACAUUUUCCUUUUAUUCUAAAAAUUAAUAGAUAAUCGAAAAAUUAAUAUAACAAGAUAAUGAGGAAAUUAGGUUAAAAAAGACGAUUGCACGUCACAUUUAUUUUAUAAUUAUCUGUGAUUGUUAGAACUAAAGUGUACGAAGUAUUUUAGAAGUGUACUUAAUCGAUCGCAAAUGUCGUUUUGUGGAUAUAUCUGUUUAUCUCGACGUGCUUUGCAGGAAUUUUUAGCAUGCGUUUUCUCGUUUCUGACGUCAUUAAAAAGAAAUGGAUGAUGCGACUCCCCAGGAGCCUUAAGACAAUUUGAAAUAUAAGAUUGUUCUAUAAACACCAACUUAAUUGAUAGCAAUUAUUUAAGAAAUUAAUCUUGUUUCAUAUUUUCGCUUUCUUUCGUAGUACUUUUUAUGAAUAUAUCAAAAUGUACAUCGGACAGUCGGAGAUAUAAUAAUGUUAUUAACGCAGAAAAUUCAUUAUAUUCUUAUAUUAUCUA